CGAUCGUCAGGUUGCGGAGAGGGGACUAUGCGGUCCAGGUGACUAUCAAUGACUAUCUGGACGUGUUCUGUCCUCACUACCCGGACUCUGUCCCCGACACGCAGACGGAAUCCUUCGCACUUUACCUGGUCAGCUUCGAGGGGUACCGGGGCUGUUUCGAGAGCCCCGGGGCGGUCAAGCGCUGGGAGUGCAACCGCCCCCACGCCCCCUUCGGCCCCGUCCGCUUCUCGGAGAAGAUCCAGCUCUACACCCCCUUCUCACUCGGGUUCGAGUUCCGCCAGGGGCAGGAUUACUACUACAUCUCUCUGCCUCUUGAGGACAGUCCUGCAGCCAACCCCUGCCUGCGUCUCCGCGUCUCAGUGUGCUGCAAACCAACUGCAGGAUCACAAGUGGACGUUCCAGGAGGGACCACAGCGCCCCACAGUGGAGGGUCCUCCCUGCUGCAGAGUCCCGAGACCCUCCUCGCUCUGUCCCUGCUGAGCGCGUGCGUCUCCCUGCUCCCCCCCCUCCCCCUCCGAGACUGAACCGAACCCUACAAUGACAAACACAAACCGGACAGUACUUUAGAGGAGGGAGCUGGACAGACAAACCGUUAUCUAGCAGGGUCUGGCACGCUCGCUGCAUUCGGGUCCUCCUGUUCAUUUUGCAAGGCUUUUGCAGUGCAAAGUCUUUCAUCACACAAGAGGCUGACGAGUCCUUUUAGUCUAAAGCAAAACCAACCAAAAAAAAAACCGAACAAACGAAACCUCUCCAGCUGUUCUCUUUUUAAGAGAUGAAUUCUAAUGACAGGCCACACAAUUCCUGAUUCGCUGCACGCACUGACACGCACGCACGCACGCACGCACACACAGCUGUGUCUAAAUGCUUCUGGGCUGAAACAUGCUCUUUUCUGUUUACACAUCUUUUAUUGUUGCCGGUUUAAUCGGGUCAAGUUUUAAUUGCCCUUCCUCUGUUUUGGUUUUGUCAUACUUUCCCAAGCUCCUGGGAAUAGAACUGAUGUGCGCACGCGCACACACACACACUCACACACACACAUGUGUACGUGGCCACAGCUGCACGGAGUUAACACCAGUCUCUUCGGAAACAAACAUACCAUUACUGAGCUGCGUGAGUGAAUGAGAGAGGAGAUUUCCUCUGCUGGGAAAGAGGAGAAACACA